GAUGGACAGAGUCACAGAAGACGCCUUGCGCCUCAACCUGCUGAAGCGCGGUCUGGAGCAGCCGGACGAUCGUGAGGAUGUCCUGGCCAAGCAGCUGAAGAUGGAGGGACACGAGGCCAUGGAGAGGCUGAAGAUGUUGGCCUUACUGAAGAGAAAGGACCUUCCGGGACUGGAGCUGCCGCACGAGCACCCGACCAAACCGGACGGCCUGAAGAUGUACGAGGAGAAGAUGAACGGGAACCUCCGGCCUCACGUGGACACCCGGCCGGGGGGGAGACACGGCAAGGAGAACAUGGAGGAGCCCGUGGACAUGAGCUCCAGACGGAGUGACCAGGACCGGGCCGGACUGACCCCUUCUCCAGACGUCAUCGUCUUGUCUGACAAUGAAGCCUCGAGCCCCCGCUCCAGCUCCAGAUUAGAAGAUCGGAUUAGGGGGGCCAACCUGGAGAUGUUCAAGGGUAAGACUCUAGAGGAGCGUCAGCAGCUCAUCAAACAGCUGAAGGACGAGCUCCGGCUGGAGGAGGCGCGCCUGGUCCUGCUGAAGAAGCUGCGGCAGAGUCAGCUCCAGAAAGAGAACGUCCUACAGAAGACUCCUGUCGUACAGAACGCAGCAACCAUAGUCCAGCCGUCCCCGGCACACGUGGGGCAGCCCAACAUUGCAAAAGUCCCGUCACGGCCAGGCGCUCCAGGAAUGGAGGUGCAGAAUCUGAGGGGCGUCCAGACCCACAGUGUCAUCAGAUCGUCCUCCAAUGCCCCCCUGCCCCACAUGAUGAUGUCACAGAGAGUCAUCGCUCCAAACCCGACACAACUCCAGGGACAGUGUGUGCCACCCAAAACAACUCUGAUCCGCAACAGUACACCGGGCAUGACGCAGGCCCUGAACUACCCACAGACCAGCUCAUCGGUCCCCUGUCAGCGUAACUCCUCCACAUCAGCCAUGUACAUGAACCUGGGCUCUCACAUGCAGGCGGGUCCUGUGAACAGAGUGUCUUCACCGCUGCCCAGCCCAAGUGCCAUGGGGGAUCCCGUCAGCUCUCAGGCGGCUGCUAAACUGGCGCUAAGGAAACAGCUGGAGAAGACGCUGCUGGAAAUCCCUCCGCCUAAGCCCCCCGCGCCGCUGCUUCACUUCCUACCCAGUGCGGCCAACAGUGAAUUCAUCUACAUGGUGGGACUGGAGGAGGUGGUGCAGAGCGUCAUAGACAGCCAAGGGAAGGGUCACUCCUCACUCCUGCACAUGGACCCCUUCACGUGUGCCCAGUGUCGUACCGACUUCACCACGCACUGGAAGCAGGAGAAGAGUGGAAAGAUCCUGUGUGAGCAAUGUAUGACCUCCAACCAGAAGAAGGCUCUGAAGGCCGAGCACACAAACCGACUAAAAAAUGCAUUUGUAAAAGCCUUGCAGCAAGAGCAGGAGAUUGAGCAGCGGUUACAGCACCAGGUCUCCAUGUCCCCCGGCACUCCUCCGGCAGUCACCAAACAGGAGAGCAUCAUCAGACAUCACUCCAUGCGGCAGGCCCCACAGCCGCAGAACUCUCUCCAGAGAGGGAUUCCAGCUGCCCGCUCCAUGUUGUCCAGUUUUGCCCAGGCGCCUCAGUUGCCCGUGGCUGGCAGUUUGCUUGGCAUGCCGGGUGUGAACAUCGCGUACCUGAACGCCGGGAUGGGAGGUCACAAAGCCGCCAGCCUGGCCGACCGGCAACGGGAAUAUCUCCUGGACAUGAUCCCCCCGCGCUCCAUAUCCCAGUCCAUCAGCGGGCAAAAAUAGCCCUCCGCCUCCUCCCCGCCGCAGCUAGCGGACGUUACUGGCGAUGGGGCCCGGCACCCGCCAGCCCCUCCCCCACCCCAGAGCAGCUUAUAAAGGUUCCGUGUUUGUGCUUUUGCCCUUUUCUCAGACUGGCUUUGAUUUUUUUUUUUUAUACAUUUUGUUUUCUGCUUGCGCCACGUCCGUCACACAGAACAUUUAGUGAACUUCUGAUGGAUGAGGCGCUGACCGGGACCUGCACGUGCCCCCGCAGCCGCUGCCAGUGACUUUUCUUGUGUACCCUGCAGCGAGAUGGGAUGUGGGGCACCUUGGAGGAACGACCCCCUAGUGAUGCACAGUCACCACCUAUCUGACACUCUGCAGUGCAGAGUAUUACUUUCCGUUAAACGGAAGAGGAUUCUCCUCCAUCAUCCGGUGGCCAUGGACGGGCCCCUCGACCACCCCCACGGCACCAGCUGCCUGCACUUCACGCUGUAGGACGGUGGACGGACCCUCGGCCCCCACCACAAGCUGUAUUUGCACUAAUCACCUGUCCAUGGCGCUGGAGGCUCGCUGAUGUCGUGCGGCCAUUGAUGGGAGCCCCCGGUGGAGGAUCAUGUGAACCACAACCCACAGAAGUGUUGACAAUAAGCAGUAUUGCGGCUGUUCUGGCUGACCCUGAGGGGACGGGCACCCUGUGACUCCCACGUUCACCGCCGGAGUGCCCCCCUUCUUACUGUGUUUUGGGGACUUGCACAGUAUAAAUAUUGCCCCACAUGUAUUACAAGGUGGACGGAAGUCGUCCAAAAGCACUUAACCCUAUGACAGCCUAUCCCCGCUGGACGUUCUCUGCAAAGAGUGUUACUAUGGAAACGUCCCGUAACCGCACUGCUGACCGUCCGCCAAGACCCCCCGCCCUCCCCCACACUGUAUUACAGUGGUGCUAAUGGUUCUGAAUAGGAGAGACAGGAGUGUAGGUGGUGGCAAGUGGGGGGGCAGGUGCUGCUCCGAUUUGGGGUAAGAGGUCGGAUUCCCAUUUGCUGCCAUUUUUUUUUUAUAACAGAUGGAAAUAAUCUGUUUCCUGCAUAGGGGCUGUGUGUGUGGCCCCUGGCUGAGGCGUCUGUCCCGCCCCCUAUAGUUUACGGUUUUUAUUUUAUUUCUAGUAAAAUGCCUGUUUAGUGACUACAACCCCCAUCCUCCUGGGCAGCUAUCUCCAGUGGGCGUUGUAGUUUGUACACCACAGGCAUUUUAUGUGAUCAUUUUUUUUAUUUUUUUUUUAUUCCUAAUUGUAGGAUUUCGGAAUCCACUUCUGCCUCUGAGUUGUACGGUGCUGUAGAGGCGUCCGGCGAUGACCCCCCCCCAUCACUUUUAUGCAAUGAUGUUCAUACCCCCCCAAAUCCAGUUCGGAGUUUUGGUUCUUUAUAAGAAAACGAUGAAACGUUGUUAUAAUUAUUUUGCUUGAGGUUUGAUGACAUUUUUUCUGUUCUCAGUGUAAAAAAAAAAAAAGAAAAAAAAACUUUAAAAAAAAGUUAUUUCUGGACAAAUGUAAACGAGAAGAAAAAAAGACAAAUUGUAAAUUAUGUAAAAAAAAAAAAAAAAAAACUACAACAAAAAAGGUCAAGACACAAACCGGAGCUUUAUCGUGUGCGUCACUGUGUAUCGUAGUCUGUGUCCCCCGCAGCAUGGCGCCAAAGGCAGCUCCGCCCUCUCCACCCCUCUUAUGAAUUUUGCCAUGAGGGGUGGGGGUAAGGAUGCCACCUUUUGCGCCAUGUAAAUAUCCCCCUAUCUUUCUUUUGGGUUUCCACAUUGUGUUUAUUGAGUUUGGGCUUCGGGAGGGGGCCGCACCCCCAUGUGACUCUCCUGUGCCCCGACAGUGACCGACAUCUGCAGAUAAAAAAAAAAAAAAAUUAAAAAAAAUAAUAAAACUAACGCUCAUUUUUGGAGAAAGGAUUUAAAAAAACAAAAAAAAAAACAACAAAAAAAAAUAAAAACCUGAAAACCCUUUGUAAUAUUUAUCACUUGCUAGCUGCGUUUAAUAAAGAAAGGAACAGUUUAUAACUUCU